AUGUCGGGUUUCGGAGAGAGACUCAGCCAGCGGCAAAAGGCCUUCAAAAAGGGGGUUGAUGCAGAUGAUGCACGGCGGAAGCGAGAAGAUGCGGCUGUCCAGCUUCGCAAGCAAACCAGGGACGAGGCGCUGAUGAAGAAAAGGAUGGUCAACGACAUCCCCGCGGCCGGCCAAACAACUGACCCGAUGGCCUUGGCACAAAUGGGUGAACGUAUGGCGACAGUUCCCAGCAAUUGUGCCGUGGAGCAGAUCCCGGCUCUGAGCCAAGCAUUGCUAUCGGACGAUCCCCAGGCACAGUUCAAUGCCACCCAGCAAUUCCGGAAGCUGCUCAGUAUCGAGCAGAACCCGCCCAUCUCGGAGGUGAUCAAUGCAGGUGUGGUGCCACGUUUCGUCCAGUUCCUGAAGGAAAUCAAUCGGCCAGACCUGCAGUUUGAAGCCGCAUGGGUGCUCACCAACAUCGCCUCCGGAAAUGCAGACCAGACCCGCGUGGUCGUGGAGCAGGGUGCGCUGCCGAUCUUCGUGCAGCUCUUGCAGGGCCCACUUAGCUUUCUGCAGCCGCCGUUGGAGCAAGAGCGGCAAGCCCUUCAAAACACGGCUCUGUCGUGGUUGGACGUGGCAACAGAGACAGAGCACUCAGAAAUCGACUUCGGGCACCGCUCGAACUUGGCUGCGAUGGCGUUGUCGAACGAGGAGGUCUGGAUGCUGCAGAGGCUGUCUGCCUGCUUGCACGAGGCUGACAUGCAGCUGAUGCAGGACCUGGCGGAGCUUCAUCGAAGACAUUUGCAGGAGCUGCGAGUGCUCUACGACCAGAAGAUCCAAAGCCUCCUCGACCAGGGGUGGACUUUGCAAGCCAAGGGGCUUGCAGCAGUGGCCAGCCGCCAUUUGAGGCAUCGGCAGCAGGUGCAGGACCAGCAGCGGCAGCAGCAGCAGCUCCUUUGUGUUCAGCGUGCUAAGUUCCGCGAAGCUCAAACGAGACGGGCGGGCCCGGGCCCGGGGGCGACAAGUGCACCCCAGGGGUCGACCCUGCCAGCUUGGCAGGGCGGCCAGGCCGGCCCGGCCCUGCCGGUCCUGCGACUGUGCAGUGGAGAGGUCCGCUGUCCUCCUGGUUGCAUCGGCAAAACUCCGCCUGAAGACCCGAUCCUUGGCCGGUCUCCGAACGACGAUGUUCGCGAGCAAGCAGUUUGGGCGUUGGGCAACAUCGCCGGCGAUUCGCCCAACUUUAGAGAUCUGGUCCUGCAGAGCGGAGGCCUUCACCCCGUAAUGACUGUCCUGCGAGAGUCGGAGAAAACAUCGAUGAUGCGAAAUGCUACAUGGACACUGUCAAAUCUUUGCCGCGGCAAGCCUCCGCCACCCUUCGAGUGGGUGUCGCCGGCACUGGGCACUUUAGCGAACCUUAUCUACUCCUGCGACUGCGAGGUCCUGACCGAUGCCUGCUGGGCCCUCUCCUACUUGUCGGACGGCCCCAACGAGCGAAUCACAGCCGUCAUCCAGGCUGGCGUUUGCCGUCGGCUUGUGGAGCUGCUGCUCCAUACGUCCCCACUGGUGCAGACGCCCGCGUUGCGGGCUGUGGGGAACAUCGUGACCGGCGACGACAACCAGACCCAGGUGAUCCUGCAGAGCGGGGCCUUGCCGUCGCUCCUCAAGCUUCUCUCCCAUGCAAAGAAGGCAAUUAGAAAAGAGAGCUGCUGGACAAUCUCCAACAUCACAGCCGGGAAUCGCGAGCAGAUUCAGGAGGUUAUCAACAACGGCCUGCUCCCACCGGUCAUCCACCUGUUGCAGACGGCCGAUUUUGACAUCAAGAAAGAGGCAGCCUGGGCGAUCAGCAACGCGACCUCGGGUGGAUCUCCACAGCAGGUGGAAUACCUGGUGGAGAUGCAGUGUAUCAAGCCUUUGGUCGACUUGCUGGUCGUUUCAGAUGCCAAAAUCAUCGGCGUGGCGUUGGAAGCUUUGGAGAACAUCUUGAAGGUGGGCAAAGACAAGCAGCAGAAACUGGGCAUGGCGGAGAAUCCUUUUGCUGCCAAGAUCGAGCAGGCCGACGGCUUGCCGAAGAUCGAGAAUCUUCAGGAGGAUCCCAAUGAGGAAGUGUACCAGAAGGCGAUGAAGAUUCUAGAGAAGUACUUCCCGCUGGAGGAUGAAGAUGCAGAAAUCGGUGAAGAUGUCUCCAAUCCUCAACAGUUCCAGUUUGGUGCACAGGUGCCCACAGGCGGCUUCAGUUUUGGAUCCUGA